GGUCCCGGACAGGAAGGGUCAGGAUUAGAGAAACAGGAAGUGACAUAAGGAAAUGCCGUGCGUCACGUAGACAUUCACUUAGUGCUUAAAGACAUUACAGCUUCAGCUCCGAAAUGGAGUUUUACCAGCAUUCUCCUGUGAAACUCCUGCUUUUAGCUGUCUGCCUUUUAAGUGUGUUGGAUCCAUGCAGUUGUUUAGAAGAUUGCUCGUCAUGUCACAAACAUGCAGUCUGCACAAACGACUCCAAACCUGCCUGCUUCUGUAAACCAGGAUACACUGGUGACGGGAUCAACAGUUGUCACGAUGACGAUGAAUGUAAGAAUGUCACAGGUCUAAUAUGUGGUCUAAACGCCACCUGUACCAACACUGAUGGAAGUUAUUACUGUACUUGUUUGUCUGGAUUUAAUUCAACUGGAAAACAAAAGUUUCAAACCAAUGAUGGCACCCACUGCAAAGAUAUUAAUGAGUGCGAAAAUGUCACUAUAUGUGGACCCUUCUCCAAAUGUCACAACCUGAAUGGUUCGUUCAUUUGCUCGUGCAUGAGAGGUUACACAUCAACAGCUGGAGCUUGGUUUAAGCCUAAAAAAGGAAGUGAAUGCACAGAAAACUGCCAUCAGGACCAAAGGUGUAUCAAAGAGACUGUUGACAGCACAGUGGAAAAAAUGAUUAAUCUGUCAACUCCGAAGCGCCUGAAAGAGAUAAGACUUCAAACAUCAGCUGACCUCUCUCCGGUUCUGCUCAUAUCAUACAUUGAGGCCAUGGCCAGGUCUGUCCUAAAGCCUAGAGAUGAGCGAGAACAUCCUGAGGAGAACAUCAAUCAAACCAUCACGGAUUUGGUUUUCAGUGUGAAUAAUUUGGUUGAGAGAAAUGAGACGGUGGAGUGGGAGAAGAUCAAUCCAGAUUUGAGGAAGUAUUACCUCACCACACUCCUUCACACAGCAGAGAAGCAAACGCUCGCCUUGUCUGCCGGUUACACACAUACUGCGCAGAUGCAGGUGGAUGCUGGGGAUGUAGAAAUGAAACUAUACACCUUUGAACCGCACAGAGCACCUAAGCAUCGAGUUUCAGCCACAGUUCAAGGAAACUCCAUUUCACUAUCACCAAAGUACACAAAAAACAAAAGCAAUAACGAAAGCACCUCUAUUGUAUUUCUUGUCUAUAACAAUAUUGGGGGCCUUCUGAAGCCCACCGAUGACCCUGGCGUGGUCGAUUACUCUCGAUACGCAGCAGCUGGUGAAAUCACGGUAAAUUCACCCGUAAUAGCGGCAGCCAUCAGCAACACAAAGGCGUUCCCGCUAAACAAUGUGACCUUUACUCUCAAACACACAGAGAAAAUAGACGCUGGCCGUGAUGAGACAAAAUGUGCAUUCUGGGAGUAUUCGCAAAGCAUGAAUGGACGUUGGAGUUUGGAGGGGUGUAAACGUAUUCAUGUUAAUGCCACUCACACUUCCUGUUCCUGUAAUCACCUGACGCACUUCGCCAUUCUCAUGUCUUCUGCUCAGGCCAAUCUGCUUGCACACUAUAAUGUUUUGACAAGAAUAACUCAGCUGGGAAUGGUCAUCUCCAUCAUCUGUCUGUCCAUGUGCAUCUUCACCUUCUGGUUCUUCAGAGACAUCCAGAACACCAGAACCACCAUCCACAAGAAUCUCUGCUGCAGUCUCUUCAUGGCCCAGUUCAUCUUCCUCAUCGGGAUCAACAAGAUCGCACACAGGUGGUUCUGUUCUCUCAUCGCGGGUCUCCUGCAUUAUUUCUUCCUGGCUGCGUUUGCGUGGAUGUGCAUCGAAGGGAUUCAUUUAUAUCUCAUCGUCGUUGGCGUCAUCUACAACAAAGGCUUCUUGCAUAGGAACUUCUACUUAUUUGGCUAUGGGAGCCCCGCCGUGGUCGUCACAAUAUCUGCAACACUUGGAUCCAAAUAUUACGGCACCAAUACUGUGUGUUGGCUGAGCACAGAAAAUAAUUUCAUCUGGAGUUUCAUUGGACCAGCCUGUCUGAUCAUUUUGGUAAAUCUGCUGGCAUUUGCUGUGAUUAUGUUUAAGGUUUAUCGUCACACUGCUGUUAAGAAACCUGAAAUCAGUCAUUAUGAAAACAUCAGGUCAUGUGCGAGAGGUGCUAUAGCUCUCCUCUUUGUUCUGGGAGUUACCUGGACAUUGGGGGUUGUCCACAUCCUAUAUGAGACCACCUUAACGGCAUAUCUCUUUACAUUUGCCAACGCUUUCCAAGGGAUGUUUAUUUUUAUAUUCCUUUGUGUUCUCUCUAGGAGGAUUCAAGAGGAGUACUACAGAUUAUUCAAAAACAUCCCAUGUUGUUUUGAAUACCUGCGAUGAACUUUAUCAAAAGAGCGACUAACUGCAAAGCUAUCAUGCAACUACUUUUAUAUUUACUGUAGCAUUGUAAAGAUGUAUGUGUGAGAGAGAUGUUUCUUUAGAUAUAGACCACUGGAUGAAGAGGUUUUAAAGAAACACCCAGUAAUUUACAUUUAAAGUGAGAAGAUAUAUUUAUUUUUUUGAAAAACAUUAUUGAAAAAUGUUACUGCAUGCCAUAACCUUAGUUUCUAAAACAUCUAAAAGUAUCAAACGUGAUUACAGUCAGUAGCUAAAGGUUUCACACACUGUAAAAAGUGAAAAGUUGGAUCGACUUAAAAAGUUUUUUCAAUUGGUAACACUUAA